AUGUCCUCCGAAUUGGUCGCCGAUCAUUUAUCAAUUCAUGUUGUUCCAUUAAAUAAAUCGCCCGGCAAAUCAACCCCAACAUCGGUGAGCCCAGCUUCUAUUGAGUCGCCUAAACCACCGAAAAAGACUUCGGAAGUCACACCCCGUAUAAAACGGCCAAUGAACGCAUUCAUGGUCUGGUCACAAAUUCGGCGACAAGAAAUUUCUUCAACUGGCGGAAAAUUUCAUAACUCUGAUAUUUCUAAAAUGUUGGGAGCCGAAUGGCGAAAAAUGGCUGAUGAAGAAAAGCUUCCGUUUGUUCAAAAAGCUCGAGAACUACGUGAGGAGCAUUUCCGCGAGCAUCCCGAUUAUGUAUACCGACCACGACGAAGAAAGCGAGCUGUGAAAACUGCAAGCACCGAAUCGACAAACAGUUCAACCGACGAGUUUCCAGUGGAUGCUUCAAACUUACUUCCAUCGCUUCUACUUAAUCAAAUAAUUUAUCAGCAUCUGAUUAAUCAGUUGAGUCAGCAACAGCAGCAACCAACGACGGUACCGCAGAAUGUUACGACGAAUACCAAUGUUCCCACUAAUCAACAACCAUCCCUCUCCCUUUAA